GUUUGGUCACUUUGCCUUUUGGCUGCCACAACACACUCGCCUUCCAGCAAACGAAAACGAUGACGAAGCCCCACGCACAGUACAUGAUGGGCGACAGCAGCGCCGUGCUCACCCGCCAGCAGACCCACGUCUCGGCGCGCAGCAUCCACGUCCUCCACACCGGCGCCAAGACGCCAACGACAUCGCCCUUCUUUGUGCCCGCGACCCUCGUCGUCGUCGCUGUCUUGCGGGGCGAGACCGUUGACCUCUCGCACGCCACUUUUGUCCACCCAACAACAAUCAUCAAGGUCUAUGCGAUCCUCGGUGGCGUGCGCAUCAUCUUGCCCCGGGGUGUUCGCUUCGAGUCGAGCGGCGUCGGCGUCGCAGGCUCCUUCAAGAGCGUGGCUGAAGACGACUCGCUCUCGACGGAGGCGCCGCUGGUGCAGAUCCGGGGCCUCUCGGUCCUCGGCAAAACCGCACCCAGCGUCAACCACGACGCAGCGCCCGUUGCGAUGAUGUACUCGUUCGAGAAGGCCACACACGCCGGCCAUCAUCCUUCGCUGCGAGCGGCCGCGCGCGCAUAAACAAAGGGUCUCUUUUAUUUAUAUACACUAAUGAUAUAAUCUGUAUACUUGAAAAUCGUA